AUGAUCAAAACAAAAUUGGAACCUAUUUGUACUGUAGCUGAAACUUCCAUAACUGAUCACGAAAGUGUAGGAAUCUUUCUUGAUAUCAAUAAUAAAAUAGAUUAUUCAAAACAGCCAAAUAAAACCAUUGAUUUUGUUGGAUUGGAUCGAGCAGUGCAAGGUUUAAAUUUCGAUCCCAUAUUUAAAUGCUCUGAUGUUAAUGUGGCAGCGGCACUCCUUAAUUCCUGUUUAAAUAGAGUUGUUGAGGAAAACACCAAAAUUGUUACAGUUUCUAGAAGAAAAAAAAUAUACAAACCCUGGAUAACCAUUGGUCUAUUGCGAUGCAUGAGAAAUAGAGAUAAUUUACACAAAAAAGUAAGAAAAGACCCAGAUAAUGAAAUACUUAAAACAAUUUAUAAAAGAUACAGAAAUUUCUGUAACUCUAUUUUAAAAAAACAAAAAAGAAAAUAUGAAAGCCAGGAAAUUGAAAAUGCAAAACAUAAUAAAAGAAAACUGUGGGAAAUUAUUAGAUCUGUGGGUGGAUCUGCAAGAAAUAUUGACUAUUCGCUUGGACUUAUAAAACCUGACAAUCCAAAAAAGAGUGUUGAUGAUGUUAAUAUUUUUUAUGCAAACGUGGGGAAGCGAUUAGCUGAAAAAAUCGAUUUGAAUAUAUCUAACAUCAGUCAUAACUCUGGUUGUGCAGGACCGACAAAAUCAUUUGUUUUGCUCAAUACUGAUGAGAAAGAGAUUGAACAACUUAUCUUGGGCUUGAAAAAUAAUUGCUCAGCAGGAAUAGAUCAAAUAUCUGGUACAAUCGUUAAGCGAUAUAUGCAUGCAAUUAUUCCUCCCUUAACUUAUAUUUGUAAUCUCGCAAUUGCUUCAGGUGUAUUUCCUUUAGUUUUUAAAAUUGCUCUUAUUAAACCAGUACAUAAGAGUGGUGAUCGUGACUGUGUGGAUAAUUUCAGACCUAUCUCAAUUCUCCCUACCUUAUCCAAAGUUCUGGAAAGGCUGUUGAAUAAAAGACUAAUCCAUUUUCUGGAAAAAAACUUUCUCCUUUCUUCAUCUCAGUUUGGAUUUCGCUCUGGAAGGUCAACAGAUGAAGCUGUACAUGAACUAACUAAUUCAGUUGUUACUAACCUUGAUGAAGGAAAGAAAUGUCUUACGAUAUUUCUUGACUUGGCCUGGGCAUUUGAUACCGUUUCUAUUCCUUUACUUGUAGAGAAACUUGAAAGAAUUGGUAUACGAGGUCUUCCUUUGAAGCUUUUUAAGGAUUAUUUAUCAAACAGGAAGCAACGGGUAAAGAUUGAUGAAUGGAUUAGUGAUGAAAUUGAUAUAUGUUUUGGUGUUCCACAGGGGAGUAUACUUGGGCCUACGCUAUUUCUCGUAUAUAUUAAUGAAUUGUGUGAAAUCCAGCUUAAAAAUGGUCGUAUACUUACCUUUGCUGAUGACACGGCUCUCUUCUUCAGCGGUGAUGAUUGGGAAAGUGUUUUCCAAAGUGCGCAACAAGGUUUUGAUAAGCUUGAUGGAAUGAAGAAAUGUAGGUGUGCUAUUGAUUUGCAAAUGGAAGUAAAGGAUUUUAGUUUAGGACCUAUGUCGGAACUUGUUAAUGUUCCAUAUUUAUUAUAUGUAGAUAUUUUGCUACUCCGGGCACGAGAAUAUUUGAAUAUUUUCCGCUUGCAAUGA